CUAUCGAAUACCAAUCCCCACAUGGUUACGUAUUAUGUAAACAAAUGUGACAAGACAAGACGUUUUUAGAGCAACGAAAAGCACGGAUGUAGGCAUAGAUAUUGCAUCGCACAAAAAUUAUAAUGUGAAACAGAUACCUUCAUUAAAGAUAAAAGUAAGUUCUGUGGGGUUGUUCAUUAAAAAUAAAAAUUAGUUCUGUGGGGUUGUGCAGGCGUGGCUUUAAAUUUGGCAGCUGCUCUUAGUCGCUGCUCGAAAAUAGAUCAGAAGUAGCACGGGCCAGAAUAUUCCACAACGAGCUCCGGCCUCGGCGCGACUGCUUUGUAGACUCGUAGACCCGCGGCCGGUGCGUGUUGGAAGCAUGGGCGACAAGACCGCGGACGCGUGGAAGGAGGAGGGCAACGCCGCCUUCAGGGACGGCGACUGGGACCUCGCCCUCGCGCGCUACUCCAAGGCCCUGGCGCUGGCCAAGGACGACGGCGAGAGGGCGGUGUGCCUGAAGAACCGCGCGGCCGCGCACCUGAAGCGCCAGGACCACGAGGCGGCGCUGAGCGACUGCUCGGCGGCGCUGGAGCUGGCGCCCGGCGACCCCAAGGCGCUGUACCGGCGCUGCCAGGCGCUCGAGGCGCUGGGGCGCCCCGAGGAGGCGUACCGGGACGCCAAGCAGGUGCUGGCGGCGGACCCGGCCAACAGGAGCGUGCAGCCCCUGCUGCAGCGGCUGUUCCGCGCGGUGGAGGCGCGCGCCGCGGAGAGCGCGCAGACGGGCAACAAGGUGGCGCGCAUGUUCCGCCACGUGUUCGGCCCGGGGGAGGACCCGGACAAGCGGCGCACGGCCGCCAACAACCUGGUGGUGCUGGCGCGCGAGAAGGCGGGCGCCGAGCUCAUGUACCGGGAGGGCGUGGUGGGGCAGGCGGGCCGGCUGGUGAGGACGGAGCAGGACCAGGUCGUCUACCUGGCGUGCGUGCGCGUGGUCGGGGAGCUGUGCCGGGGCCACCUGGAGCGCACCAGGGGCGUGCUGCAGGAGCUGGGCAUGCCGUGGUUCCUGGACGUGCUCAACUGUGGCGACGAGGAGCGCGUCAACGCGGCCCAGUGCUGCCUGCAGACCCUGCUCAACACGCUGAGCGGCAUGGACGGCAAGCCGGACGGCAAGCCGCGCAAGGAGCUCUGUGAGCAGAACGGCAAGGAGAUCGACACGCUGCUGACGUGCCUGGUGUACAGCACCACCAACCGCACCUUCACCGGCCUGGCGCGCGACGCGGUCAUCGAGCUCAUUACCAGGAACGUGCACUACACGGCCCUGGACUGGUCGGAGCGCCUCGUCGCCAUCGGAGGCCUGCAGCGACUGCUGGAGGUGUGCAGCGAGCUGGAGGAGUACAAGUACGAGUCGGCCAUGGAGAUAACGGCGUCGACGCGGACCCUCGCCUCGGUGUGCCUGGCGCGCAUCUACGAGAACAUGUACUACGACGCGGCGCGGGAGCGCUUCCUCGCGGCCGUGGACGGAUUCGUGAAGGAGAAGCUGGUGAGCCCGGACAUCGAGUCGAAGGUGCGCGUGACGGUGGCGCUGACCUCGCUGCUGCUGGGCCCGCUGGACGUCGGGGACUCGGUCAUCGCGCGCGAGGGCAUCAUGGAGAUGAUCCUGGUGAUGGCCGGCACGGACGACCGCCUGCAGCAGAAGGUGGCGUGCGAGUGCAUCAUCGCGGCCGCCUCCAAGAAGGACAAGGCGCGGCCCCUCAUCGCGCACGGCGCCGAGGUGCUCAAGAAGCUGUAUCAGUCGAAGGACGACGGGAUCCGGGUGCGGGCGCUGGUGGGGCUGUGCAAGCUGGGCAGCAGCGGCGGGACGGACGCUUCCGUCCGGCCGUUCGCCGACGGCUCCACCACCAAGCUGGCCGAGGCCUGCCGUCGGUUCCUCGUGAACCCCGCCAAGGACAAGGACAUGCGCAAGUGGGCCGUGGAGGGCCUGUCGUACCUGACGCUGGACGCCGAGGUGAAGGAGAAGCUGGUCGCGGACCGCCCCGCGCUGCAGGCCCUGGUGGAGCUGGGCCGCACCGGCGACCACUCGGUGGUGUACGGCGUGGCCACCACGCUCGUGAACCUCGUCAACGCCUACGAGAAGCAGGAGCUGGCGCCGGAGAUGGUGGAGCUCGCCAAGUACGCCAAGCACCACAUCCCGGAGGAGCACGAGCUGGAUGACCCUGACUUCGUCAGCAACCGGGUCACGGUGCUGGCCAAGGAAGGCGUGACGAGCGCGCUGGUGGCCAUGGCGCGCACGGAGAGCCCCAACAGCCGGGAGCUGAUAGCGCGCGUGCUGAACGCCGUGUGCGCGGAGAAGGAGCUGCGCGGGCUGGUGGUGCAGCACGGCGGGGCCAAGGCGCUGCUCCCGCUGGCGCUUGACGGCACGGACAAGGGCAGGAAGCAGGCCGCGCAGGCGCUCGCGCGCAUCGGCAUCACCAUCAACCCCGAGGUGGCCUUCCCCGGCCAGCGCUGCGUCGAGGUGGUGCGUCCGCUGCUGUCGCUGCUGCACCAGGACUGCUCGGCGCUGGAGAACUUCGAGGCGCUGCUGGCGCUGUGCAACCUGGCCAGCGUGAGCGAGACCGUGCGGCAGCGCAUCGUGAAGGAGGGCGGAGUGUCGCUGGUGGAGAGCUACAUGUACGAGGAGCACGAGAUGCUGCGUCGUGCCGCCACGCAGGUGAUGACGAACCUGGCGGCGUGCCCCGACGUGGUGCGGCUGUACGAGGGCCCCGGAGACCGCGCCAAGUUCCUGGUGCUGCUGUGCGCGGACGAGGACGAGGAGACGUGCGCGGCGGCGGCCGGGGCGCUGGCCACGCUCGCCGCGCAGAGCAGGAAGCUGUGCCGCAAGGUGCUGCAGGCGCAGACGUGGCUGGACUCGCUGCACCACCUGCUGCUGAGCCCCGACGCCGGCCUGCAGCACAGGGGCGUGGCGCUGGUCGCGCACAUGAUGCGCAGCUCCAAGGCGGUGGCGGAGAAGCUGAUCGGCACGGACGUGAUGGAGAUCCUGCUGGCGCUGUCCGUGCUGAAGGAGGAGGGGCGGGAGAAGGUGAGCGCGCUGGCCGCCGAGGCGCUGCAGGCCGCCGAGUCGUGGAAGCUCAUCAAGAAGCCCGGCGAGGACGACGACGAGGACUUGGAGUGAGCGGCGCGGCACGGACCCGUGCGUGCUGCCGCGCUGCCUGGCUGUCGGUUCCCGGACACCGUCACGUGGUCGAGUUGGCGGGGAGAUGGUGUGACCACACACACCUGUGAUAACAUUUCCCUGACUUUACACCACCAGAACUAUUUAUAUUUUUAAUCAUUUGCCUAUUUUGCAGUUAUUCAAUAGAAAUGAAGAAAAUCCGGCCUCCGCCAUUCUCGUAGCUGGCCUAGUCAAACGGAACCUUGCAUAAACCAUAGUCCCAGUGUGUGUGAGUGUGUGAUACUAUGCACUUAAAACACCCAUCUAAAAAAAAAAAAAGAAAACUUUCAGUCAUAGUGACUGCAGACAGGAUGAUGACUUUUCCCCCUCAAAUCGCUAUCACUGAGGAAUUUCCAUGACCCUUCCAGGAUCGUAGGUCAUUUCCCUGACCAACUGCAACUUCCCAGAGUGGACGCCCUGCGACGCAACACAAGCAAGAAGGACAUCGACGGAAUGAAUCAAUGAGGGAAUCGAGUACUCGUCAUGUUCCCCACUCACAGUCUGGGUUUGAUUGUUAUUUGGUUUGUAAAGAAGUCCAAAUAUUGGUACCUUAAUGGCUCCAGAUGGCAUUGGCUCAUUGGUAGGGGACAGAUUGUGUGGUGAAUUGCAAUAAAACUGAAAUAACAUCUCAAAGCGUGUCAAAACACUGUAUAGCAUCGAAAUACAAGUUUUAUUAUGUAUUAAAGUUGCAUUUAACCAAAACUUAAUUCAAAUCAUAAAAAUAAUCUUUUAAUGAUUUAAAUUCAAGGAACAUUACAGUAUUUUCUGACAUAAAAUUGUACCAAAGUUCACGGUUCAUAAAAAAUUAAUUUAAUUUGUUUUAUUGUGCAUCUUUUUUUUUGGUCACUUUCAAACUGCAAAUGCUCGCUAAUUUAUUUUUAUGGUUCUGAAUGUAUCUGUUUCAAACAAAUUUAUUACAAAUUAUUUUAUCGUAAAAAUUUUACCACUAUUUUGGUGGACUAAGUAGUAUUACAAAAUAGUAUUAAUAAAAAAAAUAACACAGAAAUCCUGUUUUGCAAACAAAAUAGAACCAAAAAUAAUGUGUCUAUUAAUUGGUCACAAUACACGACAGAUGAAAGGUCGGGUUCUGCCGUGUGUGACGCACUAACACUAGUGCAGAGGUGGCAGGAAGUUGUUGCUGUUCUUCCAGUAUUUUGUACUUAGUGCAGAGAUAUUUUGUAAAAAAAUGUAAUUGGAAUAAAUAUUGAUGAACUAUA